AUUAACUAUUGGUACUGACUGGAAACUCCCACUACACUGAAUGUAUAAAACGACAAAUCAGUGGUGAUUUCAAAAAAGGAACUUCUUGAUCUUGUUAACUGAGGAUUUUUCAACUUUCUGGAGUGAAAAUGGUGAAUUAUCAAGUGAGAGUUUCCACUGCCAAACUUGCUGGUGCCACCACUUUUAACAAUGUCUUCAUUAAGCUGGUGGGCACAGAUGGGGAGAGCAAACGGCAGUGGCUCCUGAGCUUGAAAGGGGCUUCAUCCUUUGUCCAAGGAACAGAAUCGAGCUUUACUGUGUCCUGCCCUACCUCUCUUGGAAAACUGGUUCUAAUAGAGGUAGACAAAAAGCGUCUCCCGCUCUUCCCAGAAGACUCUUGGUUCCCUGCCAAGGUGGAAGUGAAAUCCCCUGAGGGAGAAACCUACCACUUUCCCAUCUACCGCUGGAUCACUGACUCCGAGGUGCACCGCUUCAGAGAGGGAACAGCUGUAAAAGUCUUUGAAGACAACCACCAUCUUGGCAAGUACAGCAGACAGCAGGAACUGAAGGAGCGAGCGGAAGACUAUCGCUGGAGUGUGUAUGCAGAGGGAAUACCCCACUGCAUAAAAGUAGAAAACCCUCUUUCACUGCCUUGUGAGGUCCGGUUCUCCUUCACCAAGACUACUGAGUUCCUCUUCACUGCAUCAACUGGGUUGACAGAGCUGAAACUGAAGGGGCUGGCUGAUUGCAAGAAGAAGUGGACUGAUAUUGAUGCUAUCAAUCGGGUGUUCUGCUGCAAACGGACUGACAUAUCAGACUACGUCCAAGAGCACUGGAAAGAGGAUGCUUUCUUCGGCUACCAGUAUCUAAAUGGUGUCAACCCCAUGUUGAUCAGACGUUGCACAGUCCUACCUGAUAACUUUCCUGUCACUGAUGACAUGGUCUUCAUCCAUGGUCAGGGUAGCCUGUCAGAUGAAAUGAAGAAAGGCAACAUAUUCCUGUGUGACUACAAAGGUUUUGAUGGACUGCAAGCAAACACCAUCAACGGGAAGAAGCAGUACUUGAUGGCUCCCCUUGUCCUGCUCCACAAAACACCUGAUCGUAAGAUGAUGCCAAUUGCUAUUCAGCUGGGGCAGACUCCAGCAGAGGACAAUCCCAUCUUUUUUCCUACUGAUUCUGAGUACGACUGGUUGAUGGCCAAGAUUUUUGUGAGAAGUGCCGAUUUCAAUGAGCAUCAACUCAACGUUCACCUGCUGCGCACUCACCUGCUGGCUGAGGUUUUUGCAGUGUCACUGUUGCGCAACAUGCCCAUGGUGCAUCCACUGUACAAGCUCCUCAUUCCUCACACCCGCUACACUCUGCAGAUCAACUACUUAGCUCGACUUCUUCUAAUAUCUGAGACAGGAGUUUUCACACAGUUUGCAUCCUCUGGUGGAGAGGCCAUGAUGACAAUCCUGAAGAAAUCACUGUCCUCAAUGACCUACACCUCCCUCUGUGUACCAGAUGACAUCGCUGAGCGUGGACUGGAGGCUGUGCCGAACUUCUACUACAGGGAUGAUGGACUCCAACUUUGGGAUAUCGUCGACAGGUUUGUGAGUGGAAUACUCAGGUACUACUACAAGAAUGAUGUUGAGGUCCAGCAAGACUCUGAGCUGCAGAAGUGGAUUUUGGACAUUUUUGAACAUGGAUUCCUUUCUCAAGUGUCCACGGGAAUUCCACAGAGAUUUACCACCGUGGAUGAGCUGAUCAAGUUUGUCACCAUGGUGAUCUUCACUUGCGCAUGCCAGCACUCGGCUGUGAACUCUGGACAGUAUGACUAUGGCGGCUGGAUGCCCAACACUCCCAUCUCCCUACAACUCCCUCCACCAACCACAAAGGGGACAACAAGUGAGGACACAAUGCUGGCGACAUUCCCUGAUGUCAACACAACAGUUCAGGGCAUGUCCACCAUGUGGCUUCUCAGCAAGCGGUCUUCUGACUUUGUCCCAUUUGGCCAGUACCCAGAAGACCAUUUCAGUGAGGAGAUUCCCCUCGAGCUGAUAAAGGUUUUUCAGGGAGAACUUGAAGUGUUAAGUACAGCCAUCAAAGUCAGAAACAGGAAUCUGGAAGUCCCAUACACAUACCUGGAUCCAAUGGAGGUAGAAAAUAGUGUUGCCAUUUGAAUAUCAGAAGGUGUGACCACCUCAGCUGUCGGCAAAAUUCAUCUUUACAUUAACAAAAGGGACCUGGGGAAGAACUGUAUGUACUGUCUUUAACUGAUCCUAUAGUGGAAAAAAACGAUUGUGUGUGAUCAUUGCAUGCUAACCUGUGACUUAAGAUAAGCAUACGGUCAUCCACAUAUUUCACAUCUUAACUCUUCUUAUUUUACUACUAGACAAUACAGGGCAGUCUUUUUUUUGUCUUUUAAGAAGAUGUGUGUUUAUUGAACAAAAUGUGACAGUUUGCCAUUGUUUGACAUCACUGGAUUAUUGUUUUAUUACUUACUUACUUACUUAUUAUUACUUUGUUGUCUUGACACAGAACUUAAUCAUUUAAUGAACCAGUUAGUUUUCCUGGAACAACUAAUACAGUGUGUGCUUGUACUCUAUGUCAGUCGAGAAGUUUCCGUGCUCUGAUGAAAUUGAGCCACACUCUGAUUUGUGUUUGAUCCAGUUUUAUUCUGAACCACUUAAUCUACAUUAUUAUUCAAUAUAUUUUGUGAGAAAGAAUGAAAACUAUUUCAUGAGUAUUAUUUUGCUGUUUUAUUGUUUUAAUUUUCUUAAAAUGUUACUGAAAAAAUAAACUUUCAUUCAAGCUUUUGUCAAUGGUCUUUAUGUGCUAUACUGUCAGUAUAGUCUACUGUAAACUGUGGCCAACUUUCAGAGUAGGUGGUUAAGUCUAUAUAUUGAUGUGUGUUAAAGAGAGAGAGAGGAUCGAUUUUAUCAAAGGAGAAAGGAUCUUCUGAGCCUCACAAACAUUAUGUAAGAAGAUGUAAGAGGAAUAAUAAAGUGACACUAUCUCA